AGGGUAGCCCGGAUGUGAACGUCAUAGAGAAAAAAAAUCCCAGCCACAACAAAGAUUGUGGCGAAAAUUAUACAUCAAAAGUGCUCCAAUUUCCUAACUGUGAUAAACUUAAUUUUGUCUGAUUAUUAAGAAUAUGACUACACCUGCCAGACGACGAUUAAUGAGAGAUUUUAAGAGACUUCAAGAAGAUCCUCCUGCUGGUGUUAGUGGUGCCCCGACAGAAAAUAAUAUUAUGCUAUGGAAUGCUGUGAUAUUUGGACCACAUGAUACCCCAUUUGAAGAUGGCACUUUCAAAUUAACAAUAGAAUUUACAGAAGAAUAUCCAAAUAAACCCCCAACAGUGCGAUUUGUUUCAAAAAUGUUUCAUCCUAAUGUUUAUGCAGAUGGAAGUAUAUGUCUAGAUAUAUUACAAAAUCGAUGGAGUCCCACAUAUGAUGCUUCUGCUAUUUUAACUUCUAUUCAAUCCUUACUGGAUGAACCUAACCCAAACAGUCCCGCAAAUAAUGUAGCAGCCCAGUUAUAUAAAGAAAAUCGUCGUGAAUAUGAAAAAAGAGUAAAGGUUGUGGUUGAGGAAAGCUGGAUUUAUCAUGGUGAUAUUGAAUGAAUAUUGUGUGCGUGUUCACAGAAUACCAAAACCUUUAUGUUUUAGCUUUGUAUUUUGUUACAUGAUAUUGUUCAAAAAAGCAAACUUCAAGUGUUAAUGGGGUAGAAUGAGAAGUAUGUAAAAUUGGAGUUUGAUAUCCAGCUGAAUUUCAAGUGAAAAAUUGAUUUUUAAAAUAACUGGGAGACAUUAACUAUAUAUUCUUUUGAUAACAUUUUAAUGAAAAUUUCUAGCAUACAUGUAUUCUAUCACUGAAUUUUAUUUUAUAUGAAAGGCCAAUUACAUGUAUAACCAUUGUUUCUGAAUAUCUGUAGUUUUCAAAAAUCUUGGUUUGUAAGUUUGAAAUGUAUACUGCUACUUAAUCGUGAUACCUAGAAAAUCUGUGUUUGCUCGUAAGAUGUCUUUCAUGUGUCUAUUAAGACAAUACUAUCAUUGUCUGACAUUAAAUUGUAUGUUUGGCCAUCUCAUAGAUUUUUUACUGUCAAGGAAAGUAACUUGAAUACAAUGUAUUGUUGAGAUUGAUUGUACUGAGCAUCAAGUGUUCUUGCUGCACUUGUGUGUACCCUACAGGUGCAUUUUUAUGUGUAGAUCAAAGUUUGUUGUUAAGUCAUAAAGAUGAAAUAUAUUUGAAGAACAGUGA